CAUUGUAGUUUCAUGCUUACUUUGACGCACGGUCCGACAAAAUGGCUUCAGUUCCACGGUCGUUUUUGUUACUGUCAAUUAUUCCCAUAAUACUUAUAUUGUGUGCUGAUUUUGCGUGUUGCAACACUGGCAGAAAGACUGGUGAUGGGCUGGACACAGACUUCAGUGGAUUCUCUGUCCCUCUUGAGCAUUCCUUUGAAGUUGAUGAUGUGUCUCGGUUCCGUAUGCGUGGAGCUCUGCAGUUAAGGGGUGGGAGGGAGACUAGUGUGUCCCUCUCCCAGAGCCAGCUAUCAGAGGAGGACAGGAACACUCUGAAGGAAGUGGCUGCUGUGGAUGGUCUGUACAAAAUCCGAGUGCCCAGAGUGUCUUUGACAGACAGGCAGACAGAGCGCCAGAUGGAUGGCUACCUGACGGCAUUCAUCAGAGCGUGCUCUUUAGUUGAGUCCCACCUCAGCGAUGUCAUCACCCUCCACACGGAUGUCUCAGGCUACCUCAUCGGCGUUUCCAUAGUGACCAUUCCAGGCGCGUGUCGGGGGACAGAGGUGGAGGACGAAGUUGAUCUGGAGGCCUUUAACACUACGCUGACCAUCAUAGCACCUACCAAUGCACCCCAGCCGGAGACGGCUCUGUUUAUUGAGCGCAUGGACAUAGAACAUGAAAAGAGAGGCAAGCCACAGGAGCAGAAAUCCUUCUUUGCCAAAUAUUGGAUGUACAUUGUUCCCCUCGUUCUCUUCCUGAUGAUGUCAGGAGCUCAGGAUCAGUCCGGGGGUGGAGCAGCUAAUGGAGGAGGCCGAUGAUCGCCAUGCCAACAUGAUUUAUGUGGAGCAGUUUCUUCUACUGAACGAUGCCUUAUUGAAGAUUCGUUCAACGUUAACGCAAUUCAAUGGAGGAUGACAAAGGGAAAUGAUUGCUUUUGUGAACAUGUCACCAUGGAUAAUCUUUGCAGCAUUUAGUUUGUGGUAAUUCUUAAAAGUACUUUGUGUAAUAGCUGUAGACAGUGUAAUAAGGUGUAUUUAUUAUGUGUUUAGCUAUUGCAGUGUCAGAGAACUGUCAUUCAGAUCUCAUACCCUGUCCUGCCAUUAAUCUCUAUUUUAUUGCACGGCUUGACUGGCACGCAUAUUCAAGCGGGCACAUAAAACCACAUCAAAGCAGUCAUGCUUCACAGUCCAAUAAUACAGUGUUGCCAGGACACUAUUGAGUCACUGGUUAAGUCCAACCCCUCUCCUCAAAUUUCUUCUCUUGAUCUGUUACUCUGUCCCUCCUUGUGAAAAUCCUUCUGCUGUCCAUCUUCUAUUCAAUUCUCUGCCUGGCUCUCUGGUACUGCCUUCUAUUUCUUGCUGAAUUCUAAGCCACAGUUUCACUCUCAGUGUCUUUACCACCCUUCUCUCUGUCUCUCUACCACCCUUAUCCCACUGUCUCUCUACAACCCUUCUCCCUCUGACUCUACCCUUCUCCUUCUGUCUCUACCACCCUUCCCCCUCUCAGUCUCUACCCAUCUCCCAAUUGGUCUCUAUCCUUCUCACUCUCUGUCUGUCUCCCAAUUACACUUCUCUCCCUCAUAUUUAUAAGAAUGAGUCAGGUUUGUGGGAUUGUAGAAUGCCAGCAGUAUAGCUUUAGAGACAGAAUGUUCUGGAACCCCUGUGUCAACAUGGCCACCCCUCGUCAGUCAGACUCAACGUUCAUUUGUCUGUUUUUAGUCUAUGUACAAAGCUGUGAGGUGUAGUCCCUUAUUCUCAGAGGCUCAGUGUUGAGCUUUAGUGUCCUCUGCCCCCCACAUCACCAGCUACCACUUUGGUCCUACAAACACAGCAUUAUGUUAGGCUCUGCCUUGAAACCUUUAACCUCAACCUUAUCCCUAUGUUCCUCCCACCUCGCUCUGUUAACCUGAGAAAGGAAGGGAUGGGGUGACGAGGACAGCUGAAGGAAAAAGGAGAGCUUGAAUGGAAGAAGGGAGAGAGCGACAAAGUAGUUUGUUAGUUAAAAAAUAUGCCACUGUCAGGUGGGAAGGCAUAUGACAGUAGAAAACACUCAAGCAAUGUGGGGAAAGUUAUAUCAGAAAAAUGUCUGUCUGCUUUCUAGUGGCAGCCCACAGGUACAUGGAAGUAUGAAAUACAAAU